AUGAAUGGAGAUAUGCUGCCUUCCUACUACAUGCACCAGUUUGUGCUCAACAGAUCGGCUAACGAUCUGUUGCUUGAGCAGCAGACGCCUAGAGAUUUUGAUGAGAUUUCACAAGAUCCAGUUACUUCCGAUGAUCCCAAUGGCGCGGACAAUUCAGGUAUGAUGACCCUGACCCAGAGCUUAACCAAUUCCGUUUGGAAUAACUUACACAAGACGGCUUAUAUGGACCAAAACAGAAUUCAGACGUCGGUGGAGCUUAAAGACGGCUCCGCGGCUUCCUUUUCAAAUGGCGAUUUGAUACAAGGACUUGUUUACUUGAAAAACUCAACUGAGAUGAGCAUCUCGUUUGAGAUGUUUGUCGUUUCUUUCGAGGGUGAUCUUUUCGUGAAAACAGACCCUUUCCAGAACUCGACAGUUAACAAGAAGUUUUUGAAAAUGGUUGAUUUUGAGGCCAGUGGAGCACUGAGCCAGAAAACCCCCAGACGCUUUCACAAAACGACAAAGAUAGAGAAAGAUACUACCGCUGGCAACGGUAAAACGACGUGCCAAAACAGCGAUGUUUCGCUGGUACAUGGCCUGCCUGAAGAUAAAAUAAUAAGGCCAAAAACUACUUAUGCGAUCCCAUUCACAUUCAGGGUCCCAGAAUGGCAAGUUCUGGAACAAUCCUGUGUUUCGUGUCUGGAUUCGCAUCUCGAGCUUCCUCCAACCUCUGGAACGCGGCAUAUGGCAAACCGCUAUGUCAAUGGCCUUUCGGAGCCCCGUUUGUAUGACGACUUGAACUCUAGGAACUGGUAUUCCGUUGGAUACUCUGUCAAUGCGCGGUUGUUCCACGUGAGUGCUCCUAAACAGGAUAUGGAGCCUACCGCAAUCAUACGGUCCCAUGCGGCAAGGCAUGUGCGCAUCAUUCCAUCUGCAGGCCACGGCCCUGUUUCGCCAGACUUCAAGCUUCAAGCGGAAGACCAGUUGCAGUCGUUUUUAGAUCACGCAAAGACCAGGAUUCAGCACAUCCAAGAGUCCAGUCUCUCACCAAGACGCAAAUCUGACAGUCCCUUGUCUGAAGAGACCAUGCUGACUUUGAAACAGAGACAAAUGUACUCUCCAUAUGUGUCUUCGCUGACUGAGCAGCUAAACUGCUUGAGGUUGGAUCAUAAUGACUCGAAGCAUCAGCUCGAUACGAGCGGGCUCAGUUUACAGUCGGGACAGGAUGACGCUUCCCGCAGGGCUGGUUGUCCAAGUUGUGAAAAGCUAAUUCAGCUCGUGGAAACCAGAGAUCACAACCAUUUCAAGGAUAAACCGCGAUAUAUGCCGCGGCUGAAAGGUGUAAAGAAGAAGAAAAGGGAGAGGCUGCGGCAAUCGCCGUCGGCCGCCUCUUCUUCUGCUUCUCUCUCUUCUUCAGAUGGGAAGAUUCCGCUUGUUCACUGGGACACUGUAGACGAUUCGGGCUUGCUACGACUGCUUGAUCGAACGCGUUCCGUGGGUCCUAACCCAACAUUCACCGUGAACUACCAUCUGAUGAAAAAAAGGGAAAAGAGCUCGUUUCUCUCGAGCCGGCUCUUUGGUGACUCCUGGGGGUUGAAGAAGUCACACAGUGUCGAUUCCGAUGACAUAUCAACUUCUUCUCGCUCCUCGAUGUCAUCAUCGCCGUUCUCGUCAGAACAUCUUUCCCCUAGCACUUCAGCAUCAAGUCUGGAUUUUCUCACAACGCCCAAGCUAACUGCUUCCGUCAAUGACCUCAAAGUUGACAAGACGGAUACCGGUUGGCAGGUGUCUUUGCGACUAGACCUGGAGCUGAUGCUUUCUGAUCCAUCUCUUUUGGCAAGUCUGAAGCCGAAAUCCCAUGACUUUUAUAAGUUAUCAUUGUAUUGCCUCGAUGUUUCUUCACCUCACUCAAUUCCAGUUGAUAUAUCUCCUCUGUGGUUUCCGCAUCCAACGGCACCCGAUGCUGUAUCGAUGAAAAUUCGGCACCAUUUCAAGAAGCUGCUCACCAACUAUGAAACGGCCGCAAGGAAUGAUGCCGAAUUACAAGACGUUCAUUUGAAGAACUCACUCAGCAGUCUCUCAGAGCUGCGCCCUGAGAUGAAAAGAAUUGACGACAACGUGAUACGAUGGCAUCGAAGAAGUCAUGGCUUGCUCGACGUUCAGACACCUUGGAUUGAUCGAAGGUAUGCGCAAUCUCGUCCGCUAGCUAUGGAAACUGACCUGAACUCAUUCAACUCAGUUCCAUCGUCUACCGCAUCGAGCUCUAGUGCGUCGAUCAGUUCUGAUGGUUCAACCUCCCUUGAAGGACAACAAUGGAUUAAAUCUAGCUCGAUUAAAUUCGAGCUGAUCAAUGAUCAGAUUGCCUCUUCUGUAAACAACAACAGCAGCUUCCAAUCGGAAGAGAAAACUAAAGUUAUUUCGCUCUUGCCCAGUUUUCAAACUUGUCUGGCUUCCAGAUCCUACUUUGUGAGGAUCUGGCUCAGACCCUUUGAAUCAGACCAGUUUCAGGCGGCCAAAGACCUUGGCCACGGACUGGAAGUCUGCGAAGAUUCAUGGAUCGAUAUCCCUCUGAAACUGCAGUACUGA